AUAUAUUCAAAUCAAAACAAACACAACAAAACCAUAAACACUAUUUGUUUCUCGUAUAAUCAAAUUCACUAUGUUUUUUUCACAGUUUUUUUCUUCUUUGAAGAUUUUUCUGUUGAUUUGAGUUCAAAGUUUGUACCUUUUUAAGGUCCCACUUAAGAUAAGAGUGAGUGAGACAAAAGGGUUAUUUUUAACUCUCUAGCUAUUUACCCUAAUCAUGCCUUCAGGUCCUAAGAAGAGAAAAGCUGCCAAGAGAAAGAAGGAAAAGGAAAACAACAACAUCAAACUUUCUCAAAGUGAGAAAGGGAGUGAUGGCAGAGAAUUUAAUUCGUCUGCGAAUUAUGAACAUAGUGACCAUCAUGAUCAUCCAUUCAAUUAUGGAAGUGAAGAGGUGAAAGAGAGAGACCCAUCAGCCGCUCGAUCAAAUACUUCCGAUGUCAUGUCCGUGGAAGAAGUUCGUGGUACUUCAAAUGGUAAAUCCUUAGCUGAGAAGAACUCAAAGGAUGAGAUUUAUAAUUUGCAUGAAGAGAAAACUGCGCGUUGUGAGUUGGUUAAAUCAGAUGAAUCUUCACCUUCAGACAUGAACACGGUUAAAGUAAUUUCGUCGGUUGAACUUGAAGAAACUAGCGGUAAUUCAGCUGUUGAAUAUUCUAUAAAUUCAGUUAAGACUGCGGCGUCUAUGUCUGAAGUAGAAAAGUGUGAUACCGGAAGUGUGCCUCUAAAUAAUUCAGCAGUCCCUCCUAUAGAGGUGACCGAUCUUGCUCUGAAGACGAAUGGGUAUAAUGUAGAUCGCUUAAAAGCUGACGAGAAUGCUAAAACAUCAAGUUUGGAGAAACCUAUGCCAAAGGAAUCUGAUAGUAAAGUGUUAACUUCGUCAACAGCUAGUUCAUUAACUAAAUUUACCAAUGGGGCAGAACAUACUAAGAAUUCUGAGACACUUGAAUGCCCCGGAAAUAAGCAUACUGUAAGCUUAGCUCCAAAUAUGGUGCAAAAGACUUCAUUCUGGAGUUGCUGUGGUUUGUUUGAAGUUAUGUCAAGAUCAAAUAAAUAACUUCAGAAAUACAAGACAAAGAUCUCAAUUUCCGCGCGAAACUUUUGAAGACUUGAACAAAUGAGAAAAUUGUACUUCCUGUGAUGCUUUUCACCAAUGCAAGUUUUUCUUGCUUCUUCUGAAAUCUUGUUUGAGAAUGUGUAUAUAAUAUUCUUUAUUGCUUUUCGAAACAAUUUAUGCUAUGUUUGGUUUCACGCUGGUUUUUA